GGUCACCCUCUCAUCUUUACUGACUCUUCUGCUCUCUCUCUUUUGUAGAAACAUGUUACUCAAUAUCAUAUUACUUAUAAUUUUUUUUCUUCACUCAUCUCAUCAUUGUUGUGGCAUUAAGGACGUUCCUUUCUUGGAUGAGACUCUUCUGUGCUCGGAGGGAAUCAUUGACAGAAGAGAUGAAUUGCCACUUUAUGAACCCUCUUUUGACAGAAUCGUAGAUGUGGCUUUUUCUCCUGAUGCACCCCUUCCCCUUCCUUUUUUGAGACGCUUUUCCGAAGACAACGACCCAGAUGUGCCAUACAGCGGCAGGGAUACACCUCAACUCCGUCUGAAAAAAAGAUCUGUUACGGAAUCGAGAGAAAUCGAGAAAGAUGACGGAGACCAGUAUGAAGUCAGAUUUCUGACUCCCCUAUUGCGAGAAACCAGAGACAAAGAAGACAUCAAGACAAUCCACCUGUCUCCUUCGUUCACACCCCGACUCGGCCGAUCCCAAGACGGAAACAUCAACGGAGCAUCUCGAGAUUUGAAAGCGGAAGGAAGGUCUGAAAAAAAGAAUAAAAUAAACCUGCUUGCAGGAAGUGCAUUCACUCCGAGACUUGGCAGAUCUGAAAACUCGCCAAGAAUCCGUUUUCAAGCUGGUAGCGCGUUCACGCCAAGAUUAGGCAGAUCUAGAGACUUCACCUCCAGACAACAGAGAGCCAAUCGGAUCAAUUUGAACGCGGGGAGUGCCUUCACGCCAAGGCUUGGAAGAUCGGAUGGUACCAAAAUGAUUGUCAACGCCGGAAGUAGCUUCACUCCCCGCCUCGGAAGGUCUGAGGACCGAAGCAGAAUACAAUUGAAUGCUGGAAGUGCUUUCACGCCAAGACUGGGUUAACUGUGUUUUUAACGUUAGGAUUACAAGCAAAUAAAUUCAAGAAAGAAAUAAAACCUUAACUGCUGUACCUCAUUCAUCAUCUCAUAUUAAUAGAUUGAACAUUUAUUCGAUAAUCAAGACUUAUAUGUAAAUGUUUUCAAUAAAACUACAUUGAUAAUUGGCA